UUGACUGUGCGGGGUCUCCAACAGCAAGGUCCAUCAAGGAUCAAACAACACGCCUGCUUUACUAGCUUCUCAACUUCAUUGUCCCACACUGAACCAUGGCAGAAUCUAUCUUCGGAUGCACGACAGAGAUAGCGACAUCGAUUGCGAGGCUACAAGCAGUUUCUGCGCACCAGCAACCAGAGCCUGUACACACUUCAGGCGAGACUCCCAACCAGAUUAGUGAAGGCAUCAUUGAAUGCACCGUUUGCUGGGAAACCUUCACGACUCAAGAGGAAGUGCGGGAACAUAUUUGGACCUUUCAGACACGCUUCACAGCCUUGUUUUCCCGACUUCACGCCCUCGUCGUCCAUCAGCAGCUCGAAUAUAAGAACAGCGAACCACAAGACUCUAGUAAUGACCUCGAGGAUAUCUCUGAUGAAUCCGAUGGAGGUCAGCAUCCGUCGAUAGAGAUGCCAAGCGGUUGCCCGCACGACAACUGCGCUAGCUCGAGAACGGUUUUCAAAAGAAGACAGGAACUCACGCGGCACUUUGGAAGGCACUACGUUUGUAACGAAUUCUGUCCGUUUUGCUCAACCACCUUCACUCAAGCGAGUAGGUUUUGGACACACAAAUGUGGAAAAACUGGAUCGACUAGCCAAAAAAAAUUCGUGAAGAAACGUGGUAUGGAAUUGCGGCGGAUGGCAAGAAAAGAGUUAUUCGCAGCAAAACGGAAGAGACAAGCAUUACCCGCGACAGGCCCUAGACUUUACGCCCCACAGAACACCGAGUCAGCAAUCGCUCAAACACCUGUGAGAGAAGUUCAUGGAGAUCUCGCUCGGGUUCAACCUGCCCCGGUCAAUGAGCCUAUGCAUCAGGCAACAGCAUUUCGAGACAGCGUGUCUGUGCAAUCAAGUUCAGCAAGUCCGCUCACAAUAAUGAUCGGACCCGAUCAGAACAUUGUAUCUCUCGGCGUCGUCAACCUGCCGCCGCCUCAUUCGCAGCAUCACCAAACUCCCAUUUGGUUUGAUGGCAGGUGCAGCUCGGAUCGACCUGGGCAGCAACAUGUUAUAUCGACUCCGCUAUGGCCCAUGAGUGACAUGACCACGAGCAACCGGACGUCACUGUUCGGCGUAGAAGCAACGUCGCUCGUGGGAUUCUCUGACUCCGCAGAAGUGUUCCGACAGCUGGAUCCAGCAGCGUACUUGUAGUUACGAGAACAAACACUUCGAAUCAUGCUACGUAUCAAAUAUCAUCACGAACCCCGUGUACCAGUAUCAUCAUUCGUUGGGCUUUCCAAUCCAUAUGCGUUUGUAAAACCGGUUUUGAUUUGGAAUGCGUGCCUAUAAUGCAGGAUUGCGCUUGGGUUCAUUAGCAAUCUGGGUGGCUGUGAAGUGGAAUCAAAGACCUACAUGCCGCCCUUCUCCAUUUGAACUUCGAUUGGCUUGCAGCCGUUCUUCCU